GGCUCUGUCAAUUUUCUCUACCAACCUUGGAUUCGACCACCACCUGCACAUAUUUCCUUCGUCUCCUCUUUGGCCGCCCAACUCCAACACUCAGCACGCCCAACACACAACACCCUGUAUCAAAUAAUCCACCGGGCCGACUGUAUGUAAAUGCUGCCUGGGGGCCACCGACGUUGAUGACUUCAGGCAGCCUCUCGCCCUCCAGCGGUCAUGUCCACAUCUCCUGAGCCGAGUCCGACGAAUGGACACCUUUCCCCGGUAGCCGUCAGCACAAACCGCUCGGCCGUGGGUCGGAACGACAGCGAGAGCGAUCUGUCCGACGUAGGGCUCCAGCAAGACGACGCGCCGUCCCCGGGCUCGGCCAGCGGAGACUCCCCGGCCCCCCAGCACGCUGUCGAUGCCUCCGACCACGAAUCGGAACCGAGCGACAACGAUGUUUCCGACGAUGGCGACUUUGAUGCAGCCGAGAGCCCCGCUUCUCCCGCCAUAAUUGCUGAGCAGAGCGAGGCUUCGUCUUCCACGUCGUCCAGCUCGCGACGCGCCGCCGCCAAGCGCAAGGCUGGCGGCUCGCUCGAGGAAGACUACAUGAGGGAGAAUCCCGAGCUUUAUGGACUCAGAAGAAGCAAUCGCCCAACCCAACGUCGAAAAAUUGUCGAAUCCGACGAUGACGAUGUCCAAGAUGAUUCAGAAGACGAGGUCGCCCCGGUAGCUCGGAGGGGGACGAAGAAGAGACGCGUCGAGCGCUCGCAACCUUCAUCCAAACGCGAGACCCCGGCCCGUUACACCUCGAUCGAUGGAUCGGACUCGGACAACUACGGUGGUGCCCGCGCCCGCAGCUUCCAGAAGAAGGCGCGCCGUCAGCAGGAGGCGCAGCCGGCGUUGGCAUUACAAGAGAAGAGAUGGUCCAGCCGUAGAGCCGCCCAGGUCUCCGUGGGCGCCUACCAGGAGAGUGACGGAGACGACGCCGAGGAUGCCGAUGACCUCACCCCGAAUCAUUGGGCUGCCGAGGCGGAGGACGACUCGCCCUAUAUUGAAAAAAUUCUCAGGUAUCGCAAAAAAGCCGACGUUGAGCUGUCGCCGGAUUCGACGCGGCAUGACUUUGAGUAUUUCAUCAAAUGGCAGGGGAAGUCGCACUUGCACGACACGUGGGAGACCACGGAGAGCGUCAACGGCUGCCGCGGUUUCCGUCGCCUGGAGAACUACUUCCGCAAGAUCGUCGAGUACUCGCUCGACAUGGAGUUUGGGUACGACGUCAGCCCUGAGCAGAGAGAGCAGUGGCUCUUGGACCGCGAGCGUGAGCAGGAUGCUCUCGACGACUUCACCAAAGUUGAGAGGGUCGUCGCCGUCCGAGACGGCGAUGAGGGAGACGAGUACUUUGUCAAGUGGAAGGGCCUGCAAUACGACGAGUGCACGUGGGAGGCUGAGGAUUUGAUCAGUGGCGAGGCGCAGGACAAGAUCGACCAGUUCCUCGAGCGCUCGUCGCGCUCAUGGCAGUCGGAUCGGAAAGAGUCUAACGCAGACACGCGGACGAGAAUGACCAAGCUCGAGAAGCAGCCCGACUACAUCCAGAACGGAGAGCUGAGGGAGUUCCAGCUCAAGGGCCUCAACUUUUUGGCCCUGAACUGGACCCGGGCAAACAAUGUCAUUCUCGCCGACGAGAUGGGCCUUGGCAAGACCGUGCAGACAGUCUCAUUUCUCAGCUGGCUCCGGAACUCGCGAGACCAGGAGGGCCCGUUCCUGGUCGUGGCGCCCCUCAGUGUCAUCCCUGCCUGGUGCGACACGUUCAACCACUGGUCCCCCGAUCUCAACUAUGUCGUCUACCUUGGACCCGAGGCAGCACGGUCCACCAUCCGGGAGCACGAGCUGCUUAUCGGUGGCAACCCAAGGAAGCCCAAGUUCAACGUUCUCGUCACCUCUUACGACUAUAUCUUGCUCGACGCAGAUUUUCUUCGUACCAUCAAGUGGCAGGCAUUAGCUGUUGAUGAGGCACACAGACUCAAGAAUAAGGAGUCGCAGCUGUACCAAAAGCUCGUUAGCUUCAAUGUUCCUUGCAAGAUGCUGAUCACCGGAACCCCCAUCCAAAACAACCUGGCCGAGCUCGCUGCCCUCCUGGACUUUCUCAACCCUGGCAAGGUUCUCAUUGACGAGGAUCUUGAAAUGCUGGGCAAGGAGGCAGAGGUCAAAGAGGAGGACUCGGCAAAGGACGAGGAGAAGCGCCGCGAAACGCAAGCAAAGCUGACGCAGCUUCACAAGGCCAUUGCUCCCUUCAUCCUCCGGCGGACCAAGGAGACUGUGGAAUCGGAUCUUCCGCCCAAGACGGAGAAGAUCAUCCGCGUAGAGCUUUCCGACGUCCAGCUUGACUACUACAAAAAUAUCCUGACUCGCAACUACGCCGCUUUGAGUGAUGCGAGCGGCGGUCACAAGCAGUCUCUGUUGAACGUCAUGAUGGAGCUGAAAAAGGUCAGCAACCACCCAUACAUGUUCCAGGGCGCCGAGGAGAGGGUCUUGGCCGGCAGCACCAGGAGGGAGGAUUCCAUCAAGGGUCUCAUCACAAGCAGCGGGAAGAUGAUGCUGCUUGACCAGCUCCUCGCCAAGCUCAAAAAGGACAACCAUCGUGUCUUGAUCUUCAGCCAGAUGGUCAAGAUGCUCGACAUCUUGGGCGACUACUUGCGCGUGCGGGGCUAUCAAUACCAGCGGCUGGAUGGCACAAUACCUGCGGGACCACGGCGCAUGGCCAUCAACCACUUCAACGCCGAGGGUAGCGACGACUUUUGCUUUCUUCUGUCCACACGUGCCGGUGGGCUGGGCAUCAACCUGAUGACGGCCGAUACUGUCAUCAUCUAUGACUCUGAUUGGAAUCCCCAGGCAGAUCUGCAGGCAAUGGCUCGCGCUCAUCGUAUUGGGCAGAAGAAACCAGUCAAUGUGUAUCGUUUGGUUGCCAAGCAGACGAUUGAGGAGGAGGUUGUGAAACGCGCCCGCAACAAGCUGUUCCUCGAGUACCUGACGAUCCAGGCCGGUGUGACCGACGAGGGCAAGGCUCUGCGAGAGCAGUUCAAGGAGAAGGGCAUCAGGCUCGACGAAGCCAAGACGGCCGAAGACAUCCAAUACAUCUUGAAGAUGCGCUCACAGAAUCUGUUUGAGCAGUCGGGCAACCAGGAGAGGUUGGAGCAGCUCGACAUCGACUCGAUUCUGGAAAACGCUGAGGUGACCAAGACCGACGUGGAUGACAAGAUGAACUUGAGCAGCGGAGGCAUCGACUGGGACAACUGGAUGCACUUUACCGACGUCAAGGUGGACGAUCUGGCUCUCGACUGGGAUGACAUCAUCCCCGCCGACCAGCUGGCCAUGGUCAAGGCCGAGGAGGACAAGAAAAAGCACGAGGCCUACCUGGCUCAGGCGAUGGAAGAGAACGCUCCACGCAAGGCGACUCUCAAGGGCUCGAGGCGACACGGUGCCGGGAGCGGAAGUAUAGACUCGGAACGCGCAGAACGCAUAGCCAAGAAGCGACAGCGGGAGAAGCAGGAACAGGAGGAGCUUGCCGAGCAGCGGGCACUGUUGUCGGAUCCCAGGCGGCCCCUUAACGAGAGAGAGACGAGAAACCUGAUCAGGGCCGUCUUCCGCUAUGGUUCUCUCGACGACCGUGAAGAAGAGGUUCUGCAGGAGGCACGGCUGACGGACCGGGAUCCCGAGUUCCUGCAGUCCAUUGUGGCUGACCUUGUCUCCCACGCGCGGACGGCCCUGGACGAGAACACGCGGAAGUUGCGUGAGGAGGAAGAGAGGAGCGGCAAGAUCAUUGCCAAGAAGGACAAGAAGGCCGUCCUUGUCGAUUUUGGCGAGGUUAAAAAGGUGAACGCCGAGACGGUCGUCGACCGGCCGCCGCAACUGAAGCUUUUGAGGAAGGUCCUCAUAGAGCAUGGCGAGAAUUCGACCUUUAGGCUGCCUGACGCAAGCAAGGCCGCACACUACUCUUGCGAGUGGGGGCCUCGCGAGGACGGCAUGCUGCUGGUCGGGAUCGACCGGUACGGCUUUGGCGCGUGGGCCCAGAUCCGCGACGAUCCGGAGCUGCUCAUGGAUGGCAAAUUCUUCCUCGAGGAACAUCGCGUCGAGAAGAAGGAGGAGCGCAAGGCGGGCAACGAGAAGACGAUCCAGUCCCCCGGCGCCGUCCAUCUCGUCCGUCGGUCCGAGUAUCUCCUGUCGGUCCUGCUUGCCAAGCACUCGAACGAUGCCGCGGCGCAAAAGGCCGUGGAGAACCACCACCGCAGCAAGAAGAACCUCCUCAUAAACGGCCAUCGCCGGAGCGACGUGGGCUCAGCAUCGCCGGCGCCGCAGAUGUCGAAGCGGCCGAGCCAAACCAAAGACCGCAACCGCGACCGCGCCUUCUCGCUUGGCGAUCAUCGAUCACACAGCAACGGCGACCGUGGCACGCCAAGCCGUGAUCACAAGCGGAAGCACGAGAACGACCACGACGACCGGAGCAGUAAGCAUCGCCGGGUUGAGGAGCGUCACGGAAAGGACAAGGAGAAACGCAAGAAGCUGGACCCAGAGGCCAUCGAGCGGCUCAAGAAGGCUCGAGAGAAGGCGGUGCAGCGGUUCGAGGAGCUGAUGAAGCUGGACGACAGCAAGCUGGACCACGCCAACUCGGAGCACCUGAUAUGGUCGUUGCUCAAGCCUGUGCGCAAGAACUUUGAGAAAAUCAUGCACACGACGGCCGACAGGAUCGAGAAUGCCAAAGAACGUGCUAGGAUCAUGGGCGAGGAGCUGAAGCAUAUCGGCGAUUGCUUCGCGGACAUGAGGGCUAACAACGACGGCGUGCCGGCGGAUCAGCUGGAAGAGCUGAUGCCUCGAUUUUGGGAUUUCUUGUCUUCUGUCUGGCCUGUGCACGAGGUCGACGUGUCGGGAAAGCAGCUGGCCAAGAUGUACAUGACACUGAAGGAGAAGAAGGAGAAGGAGAAGGAACAGGCCAGGGGAGAAUUAUCGAUCCCCAAACUCAAGAAGCAUCGCCGCGACCUUGAGGACGGCGAGAUUGACACGGAGCGAGAGUCGGCGGCUCGGUACGAUGCGGGCGGACGAGGGUCAGACCAUCGUCGGGACGGGGAUGACUACUACCGCCGCGAUGACCGUCGGGAUCGUGACCGCGAGUGGGACGAGCGGGAUGCCAGGCGCCGAUAUCCUUACGAGAAUGGCGACCGUCUCAGCUUCAAAAAGGUGGACCGGCGCGAUAUCGUUGACCGGGGACGGCAGUCAUGGCACCACAACCCCAGCCCGCACCGACACAGCCCUUACUAGCCAUGUCCAUGUACAAAUCGCGCACCGAUACCACUAUGCGGCCGCGAGAUGAGAGGGAGCUGACGAGAUCAAAGGUCGAUAUCGACGGGCUCAUUGACUGUAGCGCCCACGUGCGUAUCACGACACCACUGGAGCCAUAAUCUCCGCUGAACAAGCGCCAAGUACAACCUACCAACGCAUCAUUUACUUGUUAAUUUUUUCUCUUGGCCUUUUUUUUUUUGCCUUCUGAUUUCCUCUCCCUGUCCCUCUCCCUCUCGCCUAUACUCCUACCACGAUAAUUGUGAGUUCUGCCCUUUUGAUCUUCCUCUGAUAUUGCAUAUGGCCUGGCGUAGAGUUUGGGCCGGCAUGUCGACAGUGGCGUUUCAUUUUCUUUUCUUUUUUUUUGUCGUCUUCUCCCGUCGCGUCCGCCGUCUUUGAGCGCUUCCUUGCUCGCUGAGUGUGGCGAUCUUCUAAAGAAAAAGAAAGGCAGAGACCGUCGAGUUGGUGUUACAUACCCGGGAAAAUAACUCUUUUGCACCGCACAUACCAUAUUUCUGGGUGUUUGUUGCCUGCUGGCUUUUCUUACUGGGGCGCCGAGACAGUGGGACAGGCAGGCCCGAUGGGCAUACUUGCUGCCGAGUCGGGUUUGGGUUCGCUGAAAAGCUUUGAUUUUCUGGGUUGCUGGGGCGUUGACGGGAUCACAAAUAAAUACAACUGGGAGCGAUGAAUCAGAUAUGUUCUCACUUGAAUUAUGCCAUGCC